AAGCAGCAGGCUACAAACUGUUCUCAUCCUCAUAUAAGUGCACCAGAGAUUCCCGCUUGUUAUUUCGAAGUAGAGAAAAACUUAAACUACUCAGAAAUUUCAAAGAUAUGUCAGCAACAUGGGAUGCAUGUUACCUCGGUUCUGUCUAAGAAAGAAAACGAUUUUUUAACGACAUUCUUGACAAGAAAAUACGGAGAUUCAUUCAAGCAUUUUCUUGGACUGACCGAACAAGGUACAUGGGAAGACGGUUCACCGAUUUCGUUUAUAAACGGUUCUUUCGAACACCCAGUGGGAAUUACCAUGUUUGGCUGGGAAAACCUCUCGAAUGGUCCUUACUAUGGUAUGUGCAAAAGGUUUUCUUGCGAUUAG